AGGAAACUGAGGGUAACCCUUUUGAGUGCUGGAUGGAAAGCUUCAAGCAAUGGAGACUUGACAACCAUCAACAGAGAGCUAGCAACACAGAUGGCUAAACAUUCCAAUGUGGAAGUCAGUGUCUUCUUACCUCAGUGUAGUGAAGAGGACAAGAAAGAUGCUGAUAGUUAUAAUGUUAAACUCAUUGAAGCUGUUAAACUGUCUGGUUUUGAACCAAUUGAUUGGCUAGCCUCUGUACCUGAAGGCCAUGCUAUGGAUUGUGUUCUAGGGCAUGGAGUAGCUCUUGGUCGGCAAAUUCAAAUCAUAAAGAAAAAUCCAAAUUACAGUCAUUGCAAAUGGAUUCAAUUUGUUCAUACUUCCCCUGAAGAAAUUGGCAUGUACAAAAGUAUUUCUGAAGGUCAAAAAAUGCAACAAACAGAAAUAGAACUAUGUGAAAUGGCUGAUCAAGUUGUAACAAUUGGCCCCAAGCUAACUGAUACAUAUGAGAACCAACUUGGAAAAGGAAAAGUUUUUAACCUGAUGCCAAGCAUUCUCACUGAAUUUUCAGAUGUGCAGCUAGCAAGCAAUGAAAGAAGAACAUUUUGUGUCCUGGUAACUGAGAGUGGUAAUAGUGAAGAUUUUGAUGUUAAAGGAUACGAUAUUGCAGUGAAAGCUAUUGCUAACCUAAAUGAUAAAUCUUACCAACUCAAGUUUGCUUCCAAACAGAGAGGAAAAGAAGAUGAAUUAGCGAACAAGUUACUUCAGUGUGGUAUUGGUCGUAAUCAGCUAAUUAUAUGCCGCUUUGAUGAAAACAAGGAAACAUUAGCCAACUUAUUCUCUACAGUGGAUAUUGCUAUAUUACCCUCAAAAGCUGAGGGGUUCGGGUUAAGCGCUCUUGAAGCCAUAUCCGCUGGUCUUCCAGUACUUGUCAGUGGUAACUCAGGAAUUGCAGUAGCGUUAAGGGAGGUGCCUAAUGGGUCACAGUAUAUAGUGGAUUCAGAGGAUCCUGCAGACUGGGCCAGAGCAUUAAAGGCUGUGCGUAACAAAAAAAGGAGUGUACGACUUGCAGAGGCUAAGAUUCUUCAUGGAAGCUAUUUGCAGAAGUUCAACUGGGAGGAGCCUUGUGAUUUCCUUGUUAAAAAGAUGUGCAAUCUUGCAUUCGGU